UGUGUGUGCAUGCUGCUGUAAAGCCAACACAUAACAGAAGGUGGCGGUAUUACACUAGCGGGGUGUACACAGCCGCAAACAAGAAAGUGACUUCUUCUUCUUCUUCUUGUCUUAAUGUCUUCAUUUUGGAAACGGUCUAGAAAGACUGACAUCUCGUUUUUAUUUUACCUUCUCGGUUUUUCUUUGGUUUUAAUUGUCUGUUUAGCGGUUUGUGUGUUGCAUAAUUCAAACAGUGAGAGAGCUGAGAAGCAGUUGAAGUCUAGGGGCGCUCAGACAGGAACCAUGUGGGACACAACACUACAGUACUUCAGGAGCCGCAGCCUGCUUACAGGAAGCGACGCUGUCCAGCUCAAGUGGUCGCACGCGGUGAACAGCAGGAACGCGCUUGCUCAGGCUCUCAGCGGUCCCUCUCAUAUGAUUGAAGCUGAUGUCAUCAUGAGAGCUCAUGAUCCCAUGGAGCCAAUCAUGGCUCACCCCCCUGACACAGAUAGUGACAUCACACUGAAAGAGUGGCUGGAGAAAGUGAAAAUGAACAGCAAAGGAAUAAAACUGGACUUUAAGAGCUUGGAGGCUGUGUCUCCAUCCCUGGCUCUGCUGGAGGACCUGCUGGCUGAACCAGACCGUCCACUGUGGAUCAAUGCAGAUGUCCUCAGUGGACCCAAUGGAUGGACCGCACCUGUGGACUUCCAGGCUUUCCUCUCUCUUGUCUCAGGUCUUCCUGCUCAGACUGUGCUUUCUCUUGGCUGGACAACAGGAUGGACUGUGGGAACUAAUAACCCAGGUGAAGUCAGUAGGACACUGUGUGUGUCUCUGCAUUUACAUGAAAACUAAAAGAAAGGUCAUUCUGAUCAUGCAAUACAAUAUUUCUGUAUGAAAAUAGAAAUUUCAGUAUGAAAAUAGAAAUAUCAGGUAUAGCAGGUGCAGGGUUAUUAAAGGUCAAGCAUGAUUCUGUUCAUGUGUUACCUAUGAGCAGUGAUGUCAGUAACUUUGUGUUGCAAGUUGGUGGGGGGUGGCAGUCAUGCACCCAGUUACUGGAAGGCCUUUUCUUUUUUUACUGCUAAGAAUAAUGAUAAAAUUAGUAUAUACGUCCUGAUCAGGCCUGUCAGAUUAAUAGUAACUUUCAAAAAUAACCUAUUAAACAUACUGCAAAAUGUAAACAUGUUCAAACUGAAGUAAUAUAAGUAAUCUAUAUAAUGUCUUUCACUUGGUGAUGGAAUUACAAAGAAACUUUUCAGUCGUAUUCUAAUUCACGGAAUGAGUGUGUAUUUGCUGAAUAUAUUUGCUUUAAUAUAGAAAAUAAUAAAGAGGCGAAAAAA